UCCCCGGAGCCCUGGGAGAAGCCUGUGUCCCUCCUGGCUUCCUGCGACUCGGUCUGGGCAUUCCCUGCCUCCUUUCCCGAGCGCUGCCUCCUUCCCUCCCCGGGGACUGCCUGCAUCCCUUCCCGGGCAUCCUUGCAUCCCCGCUCGGGCAGAGCAUCCUUCCCUCCCCAGGCAUCCCUGCAUCCCCGCCCGAGCAGAGCAUCCUUCCCUCCGCGGGCACUGCCUACAUCCUUCCCUGGGCAUCCCUGCAUCCCCGCCCGGGCAGAGCAUCCUUCCCGCCCCGGGCACUGCCUGCAUCCCUCCCCAGGCAUCCCUGCAUCCCCGCCCGGGCAGAGCAUCCUUGCCUUCCCGGGCAUCUCUGCAUCACUCCCGGGCACCACCGCCUGCAUCCCCGCCCGAGCAGUGCCUGCCUCCCGCCCGGGCAUCCCUGCAUCCCCCCCCCUCGCCGGCCGCCGCUUGCCCCCGUGCCCCGGGCCGGGCUUUGCGACCCAGCGCCCCCCGCCCGGCGCCCCCCGCCGCCGCCCGGCCCCUCGGUAGCGCCGCGCCGGGCGGGGGCCGGGCCGGGCCGGGCCGGGGCUCUGCAGCGGGGCCGCCCGCCCCGCACCGGGCUCGCCGCAUGGCUCCGCCGCCCGCCGGGGCGCCGCCGGCCCGGCCCGCCGCUGCAAGUGAUGGGCUGUCCCGGAGGGGAAAUGCAUCCUGAAUGGGGCUGAGGCCCCCUGCGCGGGAAUAUGCAGCCUCGGCACCGCAGGGGCAGCACCAGGGCAGCGGCUGGCACGCAGCGGCAUGGUGGCAACGUUCAAGAUCGCCGUGCUGGGAGCCCAGGGUGUGGGCAAGAGUGCCAUAGUCCGGCAGUUCCUCUACAACGAGUUCAGCGAGGUCUGCGUGCCCACCACGGCCCGCCGCGUCUACCUGCCUGCCGUCGUCAUGAACGGCCACGUCCACGACCUGCAGAUCAUGGACUUCCCCCCCAUCACUGCCUUCCCCGUCAACACCCUGCAGGAGUGGGCGGACGUGUGUUGCAGGGGGCUCCGGAGCGUCCAUGCCUACAUCCUGGUCUAUGACAUCUGUUGCUUUGACAGCUUCGAGUACAUCAAAACCAUCCGCCAGCAGAUCCUGGAAACCAGAGUCAUCGGCACUUCAGAGACACCCAUCAUCAUCGUGGGCAACAAGCGGGACCUGCAGCGGGGCCGGGUGAUCCCGCGCUGGAACGUCUCCAACCUGGUGAAGAAGACAUGGAAGUGUGGCUACAUCGAGUGCUCGGCCAAGUACAACUGGCACAUCCUGCUGCUCUUCAGCGAGCUCCUGAAGAGCGUGGGCUGUGCCCGCUGCAAGCACGUCCACACCACCAUCCGCUUCCAGGGUGCCCUCCGCAGGAACCGAUGCACCAUCAUGUGAGCACCCCCCCUGCCCCCAUGGACCCCCCUGGCCAUGCCCCUGUGGCCACCCAUCCUCUGGGACCACGGCUCCCCGGCGAGCGCUGGUGUCACCGCUCCCUGUGGGGUGAUGCCACGGUGGGAACUGUGACAGAGGCACCUGGGGGGGGUUUCUUCCCCACCGGCACUGGCACCCUGUGGUGACAUUUGGGGACAGUGCACCUUGGGUGGUGCUGGGCAGGGUGAUGCAGUGGCCACCGGCAGGUUGGAGCGGGUGGGUGGCCGGGCUGCCUGGAGGUGGUGAAGGGUGAGGGAGGACCUCAGCUAAACCCCCAAGCCCUCUCUGAGCCUCUGGUGCUCCGGGCCAAAGCCGUCCCGGGGGGUCUGCAUCUCUGCUGUGCCUGAAAUGCUGCGUGGCACUGGAGAGGGGGAGGAGAUGCCUCAGGUGGUGCCCAGAGGUUGGCUCUUGAGUCUGUCCUCGCUGGCUCCUGCCCCAGCAUCGCAGGGGCAACACUUGCUGCUGCCUGCCAUCGCCUGCCCCCUGGAAGGGUAUUGCCCAGUGCCUGUGUCCCGAUGCGCUGGGGCUGGCUCCAUCCCUGGGGCACGGUGGAGAUGGGAGUCCCGUUUUCCUCCUGUGGAGCUGGGGUUUCUCCCCUCAGAGGGCAGAGCAGCCUCCAGCCAGAGGUGUCCCCAGGUGACACGGGCUCUCUUUUGGCUUGGUUGGGUCAGAUUUCCAGGUGGAAUUUCUGGAUGAAAGCAAGAAAGGGAAAAAAAAAAACACCGGAAAGCCCCCAUCCUGCCCCCUACAUCCCCCUGGGGUGCUGAGUGCUGCUUCCCCAGGGCUCUGAGUCCCCGUUCUGCCCCGGUUCAGCCAAGGAAGGCUUCUCCUCCCCACCAGCCUGUUAAACACCAAAUAAUCUCAAAACGCUCCUUGCCAGGCAGGUCACCCCUCCGCUACCUUGUGUCCCAGGCUCAGCGGGCGACCGGCUUUGCACGGCUUCGAGCCAACCCCCCGGCAGCUCCCGGGCUGGCAGGCAGCCCCCCCAUGCCAUCACAUCCUGCCAGCGGUGCCACCAGGCAGGGCCGACCCCCACCGGCCUUUCCCACCACGAUGCUCCAUCCACGUGAGACUUUCCCACCACGAUACUCCAUCCUUGUGAGACGGCAGCGGUGGGAAGGCAGCCUCCAAAGCAAUAGGGAGCUGGAGUUGCAUUCCUUUUUUUUUUUCUCUCUGUGUAUCCCUGAUAGGAAAGUGAGCCCCCACAUAUUUUUGUUAUUUUUUUAUUUUUUUAAAAAUCUUUCAUCUUGUCUUUACGCCAGACUUGCAGCUCACCUUCGUCUUGUCCUGCGGUACAGGGGCCAAAGUGCAGCCCUUGUUAGGAAAUGCUGUUGGGGUGGUGUGUUGGCGAGGGGGGAGCAAGAGGCCGAGGGGGUUGUGGUUCCUCUUUCUUAGCUGCUCGGGGAAACGCCGUCCUCGGCUUCUGAGGUGGGAUCUGAGGCUGGUUCAUCCUCCAACAAAACCAUCUCAGUGAUUUCUGGUGUAACCAGGAGAUGCAGGUAUCGAGCGCUGCUCCGGGCAGUAAAGCAAAAGGACACUGGCCCCAUCUCUUCCCCCGCUGCCAGGUUCAUCUCCCGGUUCCCAUCUCCCAGAAGCACUGCUGUGCUCUUGGGAACACUUCUUAUUUAGAGUAGGUCCAGCUGAGCUCCGGCACCAUGCAUCCCACCACCCCAUCCCUGCACUGGGACCCUGUGCUGCCCCGCAGCCCCAGUGCCGCAGGGUUGGGGUCACCCCACUCCUCCCUUCCCCCUCCAGCAGCCGCUUCGGGAACCAAACUCCAUUCCCCUUGCUCAAAAAAAAAAAAAAUAAAAGGAAAAAAAGAGAAAAGGCGAUGGGGGGACAUGGAUCCAUCUCAGGUGGCUGUAAGAGCCCUGGCCGGGGAAGGGCAGUGGCACUCAUCACCAUCCCUUGCCUUCAUGGCAAACCCACCGGGCUUCCCACCCGUGUGUACCCCCCAGCCUCAUCCCAUCCGGAUUUAUUAACACAUGUAAGUCCACGUUGUCGGUCUCUGGCUAGCUUUAUCCCUCCAAAUCGUUUGAGAAGGAAACUCCUCGGUAAAUGCUACUAAUAAAGCAUUUAUAAAGUGCUCCGAUGUACACAUAUCAACGAUUAAGCCAAUACAUUGUUUGUUAUAACCCUGUAGCCUGCAGUUUAUAGCACAAUUAGUUACAGGUUUUUAUAGCAUCUAUUUAGUAUUUUGGAAAAAAAAAAAGUUAUAAAUAUAAUUGUUAUCUUCUAUUGUACUUUAUAGACAGAGAAAGUUAUAUUAGUAAUAAUAACUCUCACUGCUUUGACAGCAUUUCCCAGCUCCCGAGAAAACGAGGGCUACAAAGAGCUACUUUCCCAGGAGCCCAGGAGGUGGUGGCACCCACUGGGUGCAGGCAGGGAAACAGGGUGGUGGCACCCGCUGGGUGCAGGCAGGGAAAGCAGGGCAGGGAUGUCCGGCGUGUGGCCAGGCUGAUGGGGAUCAGAGCAGCCAGGAGCACAGCAGCAGCUACAAGUGACCUGCGCCUUGCCCCCUACUCACGCCCUUCAUACGAAGCGUUACCGCUCGCCCAACGCCACCCUGGUCCUGCUAAAAAUCACCUGCUCCCGAGCCUGGGAGAGGCCAAGGGUGUCCCCACCGCUGUCCCCAGGGCAGUGCUGGGUUUCAGACCCCAUGCAUGUGGUGCCGCAGGAGGUGAUGCCUGGGUUUGGUCCAGCCCCGGCAAGGAUGCUUCCCUCUCCUCCUCCUCCUCCUGCCCCGGUAAGCAUCCUGGUUGCCUGGACUUUCCUCCCCUCUCCCCCGGACUUCUUGUUGGAGAUUCCCAAGGUGUCUACACCGCCUGUAAUACCCUGCACCCCCUUCCUUGAAAUCAAAUUAAAAAUCAGGUCUGUCCCCCUUGGUUCUGUUCCUGCCUCGCUGCUCUUU